GGAGCCUGUUGCCUCUCAUUUUCGCCCUGGCGUGCUGAAGUACGCUCCGGGUCCGCAGAGCUACUAUCUGAAACUCUGGAAUCCGUUCAUGGAGAGACUGGAUCUCCGCAAUAUGGCCUUCCGCGAGGGCGCAAAUCCGCCCAAGCUUGCACCUCACUGGACCGCAACACAAAAACUGUAGACAAGUACGCGACGGCCGUAUGGUAGGCCGCCGAUGGAUCUUUGAUAUCCCAGAUGCGGCUCCCCAUGGUAUUGUUGGCUUGUAGGCGCAACUGGUCGCCCGUGGCCUCCCUCCGAUUGAAGUGGUGCACUCCACGGCCAGGCCUAGCCCUCCUUGCUCUUCCGUACCCUCCCGUGCCUUCCAUUCACCGUCAACCACUGCACGCGCCCACAACAACGCUGCCACCCUCUACAUGGAGCUGGAGCAAUAAUUCACCUCUUUUGCUAUAUAAACAGCACGAAAGCCAAUUCUAUCGGUGUCGGGAUUGGCAACCCUGGCACCCAUUGUGGACAUUGGCUGACUGGUUAAUAGUGUUACUGCGGGCCCUGCGGGAGGCCGUGUUCGAUUCCGAGACUUUUUUUUUUGCCCUUCUUUUUGCUCCUCCCCCGCAGCCCCUAGCCACCUGCGCAGCAAGGGCGGCGGUAUGGGUGCGGUGAAAGGGGUAUCGAGGUAUAUGAGGGAUAACAGCUACUCGGCAUUUCAUUUUUAUCCUGAGCAGGUCUGCAACGGGCUACGUACGGUUGGGGCUGCUCUGCGCCUUACCAUCCUUGGAGAAGGGGUUGCGACGGCGGGCU